CCUUUCCACUUUCUCCUCGCUGUCUGGCGCCGAGAGAACGAUGUGUCCGUGCUUAUGUUUUUCGGAGGGAGAGCAGUUCGGUCAGCGUUGCUUUUAGGCGCAGGUUUGCUAUGAUCUCUCGAAGAAUCGCCCUCCAGCCAGAAGGAAGGUCCGUCCCCGUCGACUAAUCAAAGAACACAAUUCAAAAGACGAUUGCUCUGAUCUCCACUACCUCCAUUCACUUACGAGGGUAUCAUGCCGGAUAAAGUGACGGAGGGUCAAAGCACGCCGCCUGCCAAGGUGUCCUCGUUCUUUAUCGAGAACCUACUGCGGAGCAAUGGGAAAGGAAAGCAGACGGGCGGACGGGAGAAGAACGCGGAAGACGUCGGCCCCAGACCAAACUGUUUCCACAACGGGGCUCCUGACAACCAUUGCAACCAAAGCUGCUGUCAGAUAUCCGUUCAGGACCUCUGUGUGCACACCUACCCACUCCGAGGAAGCACGUUGCAGUGGUAUACACAAGCACGGCCGGCAUGUCCCAGCCCAGACUGUCCGAAACAGAGAUGUCCAAGUUCCGAGGAAGAACAUUGUUUUUCUCUCACACCCAGUGAUCUGGACUCGCCGUCAGUAUUGAAUAAAGGAAACGGCCCUAAGGAGACCUGCAGACAAGAAGAUGGCGAGUUGCGGGAGGAAAAGAGAUCAGAGGCGGAGAGCAACGAGGCGGCGAAAAGUCAAGCGGACGCUGACCAGAAAUCCAGUCGUAAAAAGAAAACGCGCACAGUCUUCAGCAGGAGUCAGGUUUUCCAGCUCGAGUCCACAUUUGACAUGAAACGCUACCUAAGCAGUUCCGAAAGGGCAGGCCUGGCCGCGACGCUGCACCUGACCGAAACUCAGGUCAAAAUAUGGUUUCAAAACCGGAGAAAUAAGUGGAAAAGGCAGUUGGCCGCAGACCUGGACGCGGUCAAUCUUUCUCACAGUGCACAGAGAAUCGUGAGAGUUCCCAUUUUAUAUCACGAAAACUCACCACCUGGCGCCUUAAACUUCAGUAUGCCGCAAGUGUCGCCUCCUCUGAUAAGCUUUUCCAGCUCAGUGAGUUAUCCGCUCGCAACAUUCCCUUCUCCUCUGCCUUUCCUAAGAUCACAGAUGAGUGGACUUGUUUAAUACUUCUCUUCGAUCGGAAGACCCGACAUCAAAGCUAAAGACAACAGUUGCACGAUACAACAAAAAAAUAAGCAAAAGACUUGGUCAGCUCCACAGCUUUUUGAUUGCCUCUCACAUUUUUUUUAUUGGUACAGAUGUGCAAUAAGUUACUUUUGAGGUGCUAUUACUGCAGGAUCGAAGAGGAAAUUCGUUUUGUACACACACCCGAAGUUAUGACUAUUCGGUGGUUUCCGCAUUCACUGAUUGUAUGGGGUGUUAUUCCACCAUGGCCAUUGAGGCCAACACACACACACACACACACACACACACACACACACACACACACACACACACACACACACACACACACACACACACACACACACACACACACACACACACACAAAGUAAACUUUAUAUGCAACUCGAUAAAGUUCAUUUGCUUAUUCAAUAUAUUGCUGUGCUAUAACGUUAGAUAUUUUAUACUCAUAGGUCUUAUUAGAAUGAGCAUAAGAGGAUAGCAGUGCAAGUUCAAAGUGCUCAAUGGGAUUUUAGUAUCAAUAAUCAUUAGUUACUGGGGACUCUUGUUGAUUUUAUUCCUUUAAUUAUUUGUAGCUAACCAUCCUUGCAUUAUCAGAGUAUACAAUUGAUGCAAUAAACCCUGUUUAACCGCUACACAACCCAAAUAAUCCUGUGUUUGAGUCCGAGUGUUACUGCGUUUAAUUUUUAUAUAAAUACAUACAUUGUUUGAUUUGCUACAGAACCAAUUAUCAGGCGCACUAACUCCCGAGUAGCAAUCUGUAACCGUACCCACCCAACCCCCUCGUUUUGUUUUACAUUAUAAUUUUCAAUUAACCCUUCACCUUUAAACAUAACACUCUUUCGGGAAAAAAAUACAAGCUAUUAUUAACUGGUAACUUAUUAAUUCUUCAAUAUUUUCAUCAUAUAAUGCAUUAAGCAAAAUAAUCUAACUUUCUAGACACAUUCUUAACAUAAUUUCUGACAAACCACUGCCGAGAUUCGACUGUGUGACAUGUUUUGAUAUUUGCUAUCCAACCCUGGACCUUGUCUUUGCAUUUGAGUCUGAAGAUAAUCAAAUUAUGCUUUAUUUUGCCAAAUAAUUUUUAAUUGAAACAGGAUAAUCUCAAUUGGAUAAUCUACCGUGCUAAACAUUGAAACCUAACAGGGAAAAAAUGUCACAAACAAUGUUUUAGGGUUUUUCUGUUCCUGAUUUUAAUUGUUAAAAUGUAAAACGCCACGGGUUUUAUGCAAAAUACAUACUUAACAGGUAAUAUAGGUAUUUUCAAUAAACAACGUUGAUGCCUGAUUUAAUAAAUCGUAUCAAUUACAGUUGGUUUAUAGUUUCCUUGGUUUAUAAUGGUUAAUGUCUGUUGCUUUUGAAUCACAAAAUAUUUUCGAUUUUUUCAAAGCUCGUGAAAAGCUGUUACUUGUUCGACUUCUUUCGUUUGUAAAUUACAAUCGAAACUUUAGCGGAGUUUAUGCGUUGACACGAUUUUCCAGAAAUAAGCACGUUAAACUAACCAGCUCUCUUUAAUCCGUGUCUUAUCCUGGAUGACAGUUAAAAUUUUCUCACGUGCUUCGAUCCCUACUGAUUUUUAAAACGUUAUUAAUAUAUCAGCAAUUUUGUGCAUCUAAAACAUGAAACUACUAUUCGGCACGACAUGAAUGGCUAUGCCUGCAACACUUUAAUUGUGGGGUCCAAAUUAUGUCUGAUACAAAAUAUCCCGUGAUGAUUGGAAUAUGUUUGAAACUUAUUAAUGCUGUAUAUGAAGUAGAAAUAAAAAUGAACCAAAUCUA